CAGGCAGGGAUUGAGAAACGACAGCCAGCAAAACCGGUUAGGCCUAUGACAAAGGCGACGGGACAAAGCACCCAUCAAUCCCGGGGUUCAAUGCAACCUCUCUGCAGGACUUUCUGAACCUGGCUCCGUGGUUAGCCAGAUCAACCGCGGUAAAACCCCGCUCAUCUCAGUUCUCAGAUGACCUCGCAGACUGGUCCAACUCUUUCACGUACACCGGUGAAAAGUGAGCCGAAGCACUUUACAGCAUGGCAGAAAAGGAGGCGGCAUCCGGGUCCGCUCCCGCCAUGAACACAUGGACCGAACACGGGACAGAGACAAUCGAAGUUGAUGCUGCUUUAGCAAGCGACUUGGACGAGACGGCCGGAGACUCGAGCUACGCGACAUCCUUGGCUUCAAGUGUGGUCGACUACCCUUUUGAGCAUGGCCGUCGAUAUCACGCUUUCCGAGCAGGAAGAUACUCGCGACCAAAUGACGAGCAGGAAAUGGACCGGCUUGUCCUCCUCCACAACGUCAUGACACGCCUCGUCGGGGGACUCUAUGCCGCGCCCAUCGACAAGGAAAAGACCCGUCGUAUCCUCGACAUCGGCACCGGAAACGGCGCGUGGGCCAUCUCCAUCGCAGACGACUUCCCCAACGCCACGAUCAUCGGCAACGACCUGUCAGCAACCCAAGCCGCGUUCGUCCCGCCCAACGUCAAGUUCGAAGUCGACGACGUCGAAGACCCGUGGGUCCACCCGGCCAAAUUCGACUGGAUCUUCUCCCGCUACAUGGCCGCCUCCAUCCACGACUGGCCCAAGCUAAUGUCCCAAAUCUUCGAAAACCUCAACCCCGGCGGCACCGCCGAAUUCCAAGACUUCAACCUCCUCUACUACUCCGAAGACAGUUCCCUCACCCCGCAGCACGCGCUGCGCGAGUGGAUCGGCACGCUGUGCGGGGCGGCCGACAAGCUGGGCCGGGACGCGAACCCGGGCUCCAAGCUGGAAGGGUGGGCGCGCGCGGCCGGGUUCGAGGGCGUGGUGCACCGGCGCUACCGCGUGCCCAUCGGCGCGUGGGCGCGGGAUGCGACGCUGAAAGAGGUGGGCACGUGGAACCUGAUGCAGGUGCUGAAUGGCCUGGAGGGCUUGUCGAUGCGGUUGUAUACGGGCGUGCUGGGGUGGAGCGAGGAGCAGGUGUGGGCGCUGCUGGCGAGGGUGAGGCGGGAUUUGGCGGAUCCGAAGGUGCAUGCGCUGUUUGAUUUCCAUGUUGUUUAUGGGCAGAAACCGGAGUGAAUGAGUACGGGGGGUCGAGGCGCGGAGGAGGGGGUUGCAGAGCGCGGGUCACUGCUCGGA